AUGUCUUCCAUCGUCAACAAGGUCAAGGAGGUUCUCCAUCACGACAAGGAUGAGACCAAGCACACGACCGGCAACACCCACAGCUCCCACAACACCACCACCACCCACACCGAGCCCCGGACCGGCACAACGACAGGCGCGGGCGUCGGCUCACACGACGGCUCGUACACCGCCGGCGACAACUACGGCAUCGGCGGCCACAACACCACCACCGGAGCCUCGACACUGGGCGGCACGACGGGCCACAACACCAACACCACCACCACCGCAGGCCCUCACUCGUCCAACCUGGCCAACAAGGCCGACCCUCGCGUCGACUCUGACCUCGACGGCAGCCGCAACCUGGGUGCCUCGUCUCACACCGCCACCACCACCACCGGCACCCACGGUACCAGCGGCCUGACUGGCACUCACGGCACCCACGGCACCAGCGGACUGACCGGCACUACCGGCACGCAUGGCACCAGCGGCCUGACCGGUACCCACGGCACCACGACCGGCGCCCACCACCAGUCCGGCGGCUACGCUGCCGGCGCCGGCAACCCCCUCGGCACCGGCGCCGCUCCCGCCGCCCACCAGCAGGCUUCCCACAACACCUCCGGCCUCGCGACCGGCACCGCCGCGGGCAUCGGCGCCGGUGCCGCCGGCCACCACGCCACCACGGGCUCCCACGUCCACGGCGGCACCACCAUCGGCGACAACCGCGGCUUCGACGGCCCGGCCACCAAGACGGAUGGCCCGCACAGCAGCAACAUCGCCAACAAGAUGGACCCCCGCGUCGACUCUGACCGCGACCACAGCAAGAACCUCGGUGCCAACCCCCACGGCACGGCCACCACCGGAAACAACUACAACACCACCUCUUCCUCCACCGCCACCCACGGCGCCGGCGCCGGCGGUGCCUUCUUCUCCGGAAGUGACAACACCACACACGGCACCACCGGCACCCACAGCACCGUUGGCAACACCGGCCUGGGCUCCACCGGCACCCACGGCACUCACGGCACCUCUGGCCUGACUGGCACCCACGGCGCCUCGGGCCUGACGGGCACUCACGGCACCACCACGGGCACUUCGGGCCUCACCGGUACCACCGGCACUCACAGCACCACUUCGGGCGCUCCCGAGGGCACCUUUGGCCCCCACGGCAGCCGCGUUGCCAACGCCGCCGACCCUCGCGUCGACUCUGACCGCGACAACCGCGCCAACAUUGGCGGAACCGGCGCUCACCACUCUGGUGUUGCCGGCACCACGGGCACCACCCACGGCACUUCGGGCCUGACUGGCACCCAUGGCACCUCCGGCCUGACUGGUUCUCACGGCACCACGGGCACUCACGGUACCUCCGGCCUGACUGGUUCUCACGGCACCACUGGCACCCACGGCACUUCGGGCGUCGCCGGUGUCACCGGCGCCGCUGGCGGUCUCGCCGGCUCGACCCACCCCGGCCCGGCCCCCAACACCGCCGGCCCUCACAAGAGCGACAUGCUGAACAAGAUCGACCCCCGCGUCGACUCGGACCGUGACGGCAGCAAGACCCUCGGCGGUGACAAGACGACUAGUACCACUACCGGAUCUUCGAUGGCGUACAAGGACCCCACCGACGCCGCGCAGGUGCCUCCGUCGGUGCUGCAGAAGCACGUCGGCGGAGUGCAGGUGGCGCACGACGACCAUACCCACGACCGCGAGAGGCGGCACAGCGUCUCGCAUCAGGAGCAGCACCGUGGGCUGUGA